CGAACACGUCGUCAGAUAUAAUUAGCUACUCUACCAACAGCCCACCGCAUACUUCUCUAUCUGUGGUACUGAUCAGGAAAGAUGCGUGUGCUUCUCGUCCUGGUUUUAACGUCGGUGUUGGCUGACGCCCAAACUACCAUGUUGCACACCAAUCAUGGGUCUGGCCUGAUGUACGAGUUCAUGAUGGUGAGCCACCAUGCAGCCUUUGAGCUCCUAGACGCCAACAACGACAGCUCCAUCACUCUGGACGAGCUCGAAGUCUACUACGCUAAGUAUGAUAACCUAGGCAACGGGCGCAUCACCUUAGACGAAUUCGUCAACUCAACCGGAAUGGACAAAAUGAUGGCGAGGAAUGAGUUCAAUGUCAUCGACGAAGACAAAGAUGGCGUGCUCACCAUAGUAGACAUCAGAGACCUCUACAAAACAUUCGACGUCUACCGUAACAACUCCGUGACGGAGCAGCAGUUUAUCAAUCGUUACGGAGAGAUUAUGAAGAUUGCUCAUCAAGGUAUGAACAUCGGAUGAAAAGGCAGAUCCUAAUGUGUGCUAUGUAAUGUAUUAAACAAUUUUGUAUUAAACGUGUGCGUUGUUCAUAAA